AUGCCGCCAAAGAGAGUCGGUGGCCGUUCCAACAAGGGCGUUAUUAGCUCUACUUACGAAGCUUUCACAUCUCCCGAAAAUGCUUCCGUCGUACGGAGCGUAGCAAUCUUCGGCGCUGCGGUGGCUUUUCUAGCGAGUCCCUGGAGCGAAUACCUUCUUCCGCCGUGA